AUGGUUGAAAUUCGAAAAUACCACUUAUUCCCAACAGACCUCAUUCCAAACUCGCCCAGACCUUUACUGCACUAUAAGAAUGUCCUAACCAGGACACCCGGCAGUUCCCAUUGCAGCACAGCCGAGGUCUGGGACAUGUUCACCGAGAAUGGAUGGAAAGUAAACUGGAUAUUCCGUUACAACGAGACACAGUUAUCACAUUACCAUUCCAAAGCACACGAAUGCAUGGCUGUGCUCUCGGGCACCGCUCGAAUCCGAUUCGGCGUCGCCGACACCUCCGAGGACCUAUACGAAAACACACACGGCUCUGCCUGGGAGGACAGCGCGGUCGAACUAGAAGCCGAAGCUGGAGAUGUGUUUAUCAUUCCUGCCGGUGUGGCGCACAAGACAUACAAUUGCAAGCCUGAAGCUGAGUUCAAGCUCCUGAGUCCUGGGACGGGACAUGGUAUUGAGGCCGAAGACCCGAAGAAAGCACUGUCUGAGAUUGAGUUGUCUGGAUAUACUAUGAUGGGAGCUUAUAAUGGUGGAGAUUGGGAUUUCAUUACGAGUGGAGGGGACUUUGAGAAAGUAUGGUCUGUUCCGAAGCCGAAGUAUGAUCCUGUGUUUGGAAAAUCACAGCAAGGAUUGUGUAAGACAUGGCGUGGAAGCGGGACUACGCCUGCUCGUCUCUAA